AUGCCCCGCACUCGCGCCGCGGCGACCAAAGCCCAACAACAACUCGAACGCGACACCAGGUCCCAGUCGGAGCGCUCUCCAACCCCCUCGUCAGACGACCAAUCCGAUCAAGGCUCGCCCGAACUGGAAAAGCUUUUCACCAAUCUCGCACAAGCAAUUGACGACAGUGAGGCCGUUGUACGGGCCCGGUGGGACGAAGCCCAGACCGCUUUUGGCGCUCACAUCAGCAAGGGCAAUCGAGCCCGGCGACAUCGCAACCCAUUCGCCGUAUACCGUGGUGGCUCCGUACGCGCAGCCGCUGACUUUUACUCAGUUUCCACGAGUUCUGCGCGACCAUCCCAGGCCAAAGCCGACGGCAACGACAAUACCACCCGUCAAAUCAAGGCAAAGUCGACCAACGCGAGUUCCAGCCGACAGCAGAAGGCCUACACUCAGGCAUCAGACAGCCAGGCUGGGGGCGGCAGUCAGAUGCCCGAGGACAUAGGAGAGCUCCAAGGCCCCCCUGACGGCUCUGUGUUAGCAAAGAUCAGUGGGCAGCAGGAUAUCCCCGAGAACAGCAGAGUGGCAUCUGCAGACCUGGACAGCGAAGACGAAAGUGACACCGGGGCAGGACCGAAUCAGGAAGAGGCAGAGGACGCACCUGGCAAUCUGGUUACCGCCACUCGUCCAGUCAUACUUGACAAUCAGCGCGCUGGGAUCGACGCAGACGACGGGAGGGGAGAGGAGGACUCCGAAGACGACGGCUACCACCAAAACCCAUACUUUGGUAGUUACGACAACGACGACACCUUCGGGACGGAUAUCAGAAGUCAGUUAGCCACAAGUACGCCGCAGCACAAGACAAGACAGGGGUUCCUCGACGCAGAGUCAAACUACUCAGAGCCUGGAGAGACAGCGCCCGGCGGCGAGGUUUGGGACGACGCGAUUCAACACAGUGAUACAGAAUGUGCGGAAGAGGAGUUUUUUGACAGCGUCUUCAGCCACGAACCCGAAAGCAGCACGUUAUUGGACACGGGAAUCACGCUGCCACAAGUCAUCAGCAUCAGGCACGACACGCAGGGGAACAAGUCCCCAAGUGCGAAAGAAACGUUCGGUAGAUCCGAAGAACAGCAGCCAGCGAUGCCGUCCAUUGUGGAGGACAUGAGAAAAGACUUGGCUGAUGCGGUCAUCGGCGCAGGGAACGAUUCGGAGUACCGCAGACGCGCGCGCGAACAGCAGCAAGAGGCCAACAAGGAGAUCGAAUUGCUUCGGAAAAAGCACCAUGCGCGUAUCGACCUUAUCCUCAGCGUUUCACACGACGAUCUGCUGGGCGACAAGGCAACUCGGGCGGCAGCGUGUACAGAUGCCACCAAGAACAAAGGCCCAUCCGCUGAGGAGAUCGAGACAGGCAUCGCAGAAGCCAAUCGGAAAAGGAAGGUCGCGGAUCUCUGCAUAAGAUCGGAGAGCGCGAAAUGGCAGAAGGUUGCUGAGAAGGCCGAAAUCGCUAGACAGGCCAUUCGAGCUCUCGCGGAGGCUGCGAUGGAGGAGCUUCCGCCCUUGUAUGACGACAAGGCCCGUGACUAUGGAGAUACCGAUCAUGAUAUUUCAUAUGGCGAGAAGGAAAUGGUUGAGCAGUGGACGUGA